AUGGCCACAAACAUCUCCAACGAUCUGGUCUGGCAAAUCACCCGCCGCCAGAACUCCUUCCUGGUUAACCGCAACUCCGGCGGUGGCUCCCAGUUCUCCCGGGACCCCCUGAACGUGCUGAACAAGCACUCUUUCAAGUAUGCUGGUUAUGCCAACAACAAGGCUAUUGGUGUCCAGGCCACUGAGAACGGUGUCGCUGUGAUCACUAAGAAGCCCAGCAACACCCAGCAGCCCGCUAAGAACCUGGUCACUGUGACUUACGGUCCCAGCACCUCCAACCGCAAGAUUUACAAGGGUGUCGCCGACAAGACUGCCAAGCACGGUUACCGUGCUGAUAUCCGCGAGGAGGCUGUCGCCCGUGUGAGCGCCGUGCGCCGCUCGCAGCUCCCCAAGAAGGAUGCCCCCGCCCAGAAGCUCCGUGGUGUCAAGGCUCGCAAGGCCGCUGAGGAGUCGGAGUAA